AACCGAUGUCCAGGAUCUGCAACGAAUCGUAUAAAAUGGCCAGUGCAGUAUGUGAAGCACCCCUUCUAAGAGUGUUCGGACAUAAUGUACAAAACAUUAUAACGAGAUAUUUUUGUACGUCAAACAAAUAAGUGUGUUGUAACGCGAUAUUCGGAAAAGUAUAAAACACGGGUUAAGGUAACUCAUGCAAGCACAAUUUGACUUGACACGAUACGGUAAACCGUUUAAGUGAAUCUAAUCAUGAAACUGUUGGUGGUUCUCGGUUUAGUGGCGGUGGUGGCGGCGGCUCCCCAGGGUGCCAAUCCCAAUCAGGAUAUACAACUCAUCCGCCUGGAAUCCGACAACGAUGGACUUGGCACCUACAGUUACACUUACGAGCAGUCUGACGGUAACAAGCGCAACGAGCAAGGGGAGCUGAAGAACGUGGGGACUGAUGACGAAGGCAUUGUGAUGAGGGGAUCGUACUCGUGGGUGGGUCCUGAUGGCGUCACCUACACCGUCAACUACAUCGCCGACGAGAAUGGCUUCCAGCCUCAGAUCGAGCAGGGCCCCGGCGGUGCUGUACCCCCCGGCGUCGUGGCCUCCCUCCUCGGUUGAGCCACCAACAACAUAGUCAAUUCUCAUAGUCAAUUUUUUUAAUAAAAUGCUGUUUACCUACUCA